CCGCAGCCCGCGGAACCCCGGCCCCCCGGCUGGCCCCGAGUGUCCCCGAAACGCCCCAGGUCCCAUCCCCUCGCCCCUCUCCCCGCAAGGCGAUCGCGCCGGGCCCCCGCCCCCGGCGCCGCUCGGCGUCCCUCGGCCUCGCAUCAGCCCGGUGGUCCCCGUCUCCACAGCCCCCUCGGCCCUUCGCCCCGGCCUGAGUCACCGCGCGUCCUUUGCUCCCAGCCCCCACCCCCGCCCCGGGACGCUGGCUGAGACCUGCUGGCCACCCCUGGGCGGGGGUCAGCCCUCAGCUGGCGCCCCGCGGAGUCAUCUCUCCGGCCUCGGCACUGCCCCGACCCCCGCCGACCUCUCCAGGGCGCCCGCAGCCCGCCCCGCUCCCCCUGCCGCAAUGCCCGGGCUCCCCGACUCGCUUCCCUUCCCUUCCCCCGCUCCGGACCGCGUCCUUCCCCCCACCUCGCUCGCGGUUCAUCCUUCCCCCUGGAGCGUUCCCUGCGGUGGGAAAUGUUGGAGAUUAGAAAAAGUGUGCGUGUGCGCGUGUGCGCGUGUGGCCCCGGGCGUGUGA